AUGCUGCAGCACGCUUCUAAACCUUUACUGAAAACUUGUAAGAAGUUAUCUGCCAACUCCGUUCGUAAUUUAAUGCUCAAGGAACAUCAAGGGUUCAAAAUUUUAUCUGAAGCUGAAGUUCCUGUUCCACCAUAUGGAGUCGCCAAUUCACCAGAAGGGGCUUAUGAGCACGCCAAAAAAAUUGGAGGUAAAGACUAUGUGAUUAAAGCUCAAGUCAUGGCUGGUGGUCGUGGAAAGGGACAUUUCGAUUCCGGCCUUCAGGGUGGCGUACAAGUUGUUUAUACACCGGAGGAGGCUAGGGAGAAGGCGUCUAAAAUGAUAGGCUCUCAUUUGAUUACGAGACAGACUGACAAAAGAGGUCGGUUGUGCGAGGAGGUUAUGGUUUGUAAACGAUUGUUUACUCGUAGGGAGUACUACCUGUCCUUCACUCUUGACCGUCAAACAUCGGGUCCAGUUAUAAUCGGCUCAUCUAGAGGAGGAGUUAAUAUCGAAGAAGUGGCUAAAACGGAACCUUCAGCAAUAAUUACUGUUCCUAUAAAUAUUGAGGAAGGAGUUACUCCUAGUAUAGCUGCUAAACUUGUUGACGAUAUGGGAUUUGGGGUUAAAUGCAAGGCGGAGGUUACAGAUGUUGUUCAGAAGUUGUAUAAGUUGUUUCUGAAAUGUGACGCAACACUUCUCGAGAUUAACCCACUUGCUGAAGAUGUCAAUGGCAAGGCAUAUUGCAUGGAUUGCAAGCUGAUUUUGGAUGCAAAUGCUGCAUUUCGCCAUGCAGAUUUGUUUGCAUUAAAAGAUAUUAAACAGGAAGAUCCUCUUGAAGUGAAAGCAGAACGCCAUCAGUUAAACUUCAUUAGGCUGGAUGGAAAUAUCGGGUGCAUGGUGAAUGGAGCGGGUUUGGCAAUGGCUACUAUGGACAUCAUCAAGCUUCAUGGCGGGGAGCCAGCAAACUUCCUCGAUGUCGGUGGCGGCGCUACUGUAGAACAGGUGACGGAAGCCUUCAAGCUUAUUACUGCGGAAGAAAAGGUUCAAGCCAUCCUUGUAAACAUAUUUGGAGGAAUAAUGCGAUGUGAUGUAAUUGCACAAGGUAUUAUCAAUGCUGCGCUCGAACUGAAGUUAAAAGUUCCACUUGUUGUACGUCUUCAAGGCACAAAAGUAGAAGACGCCAAAGCUUUAAUUGCUGCAUCAAGCUUGAGGAUAUUACCUGUUGACGAUUUGGAUGAAGCAGCAAAAUUGGUUGUAAGGCUUUCUUCAAUUGUCGAAUUGGCUCGAGCUCUACCUGUUGAAGUUCACUUCAACCUUCCUAUUUAG